AAAUGAGCACCAGUUCUCACUCCCCGCCCAGCGUGGCUUGCCUCUCUGAGGAUCUACGCAUCUCGUAGGUCAUUUAUUACCGUCUUCCGCAGCUCUCGCAACACAGCACCAGACACCAUUCAGCUCCAAAAUGAGGAAGGAGAGAGUGGUCUACGCAGAGCUGAAUGUGUCCAAGGGCUCAAAGCAGCAGCAAAAAAGACCCCAGGCCUCUGAAAGCUCCACUUCAGCAACUGAAGAGGGAAUAAUCUACCUGGAUUUAAACCUUUCUGGUGCUUCCCGGGAAAAUCCGGGGAACGGAAAAGGCAGACAUUGCAAAGACUCAGCCUCCUCUCCAGAGAAGCUCAUUUCUAAGAUCCUGGGAAUCAUCUGCUUUGUCCUAUCCAUCAUGAUCGCACUCACAGCUACAGGUGCCAUUCCCUCUACUGAAACACAGGAACAGAACCAUUCUUCUCAUAUAAGAAGAACUCAGAAAGCAAACCAUUGUCAUCUCUGUCCAAAGGAGUGGUUCAGUUAUUCCAACCAUUGUUACUACCUUAGCACAGAAAAAAAAACUUGGAGUGAGAGUGUGGCAGCCUGUGCUUCCAAGAACUCAAGUCUGCUUUAUAUUGACAGCGAGGAAGAAAUGAAAUUUCUAAACUUGCACUCAGUCUGGUCAUGGAUCGGUGUCUCUCGUAAAAGCUCUAGAGACUCAUGGAUGACAACAAAUGGCUCAACUUUCAAACUACAAAUAUCAGAAUCAUCAUACAGUGCACAUAACUGUGUUAUGUUCUACCAAAAUGGCCUUGCAUCAAGCAAAUGCGGAUCUUUAGCGCCAUACAGUUGUAAGCAUAAGCUUUGGGAUUAAUGCAUCUGACUUUGGAAUCUUCCGGUCAGAGUCAGAGAGAGAGCUCUUUCAUCCACUCCUGAACUGCCCAAGCAUCCACAACCGCCGAGGAUGGUGAUUCUGAAGCCAGGACUCAGGAAGCAAAGCAGGGUCUCGCGAGUGGGUGGCAGGGAAUCAGGGGCUUGAGCCACACCUGCUGCUUCGGGGCUGUGUUUGCUGACAUCACACAGGACAUCUUAACCCUGCCUGAAAUACAAAUACUUACAUUCUAAAGCCAUGUUCACUGUCUCAAAGAGUUAUUAUUUUUUUUCAUGAACAUAAAGAAAGGUAAAAUGAACAGUAUAGGAAAUAUUGUCCUCACCUGCUAUGUCAUGAUACAUUUAAAUAAGAGAAUGAUGGACCUAUAAUUGUUGCUUAAAGUCUGUACUAUUGCAAUGAUAUUGGGGAAACAGUGGGGUAUAUUGUUAAGGGGAGGUGGAAUGGAAAAUCCCUCAUUCUAUGGAAUUGUAGCAUGAAAAUAAAAUUAAAAAAUAAACCUAUACUGUGCAAUAUAACGUACUACACAAGCCGACAGAAGGCUGUCGUAAAGCUGCAACGAUGUGGGAGACAGGGCCACAAGCACUUGCAUCAUCAUUUGCUGCCUUCCCAGUCUCAUUGGCAGGAAGCUGGACUGAAGCAGAGUAACUGGGGCUUGAACCAGCGCUCCAGUGGAUGAUGCCAGUGUCACAAACAGAGGCUUAACUCACGGCACCACAACAUGUAGCAUAGCAGGCUGAUCCUCUGCCCUGUGGCACCAGCAUUCGAUAGGAGCACCGGUUC